AUGUCUCAAAGGGUUUCACCCGUCUCUGCAACUGCUACGUCACCAAGGCCCAGAUUAGCCGUCAAGCGCGCUCACGAUCCACCAAGGAAUCAGGAUGGAAGCAUCUAUUGUGACCAUCCUGACUGUCAUGCAAAUCCUCCUGCCUUCCGCCGUCCAUGCGAAUGGAAUAAACAUAUGGAUAAGCAUGAUCGGCCAUAUAAAUGCAAUGAUCCAGAUUGUGCAAAACUGCCAGGCUUCACAUAUUCCGGCGGCCUACUGCGCCAUCAGCGAGAAGUGCACCGGAUGCACACGCAGGGGAAGAAACUGAUGUGUCCCUAUUCCGACUGCAACCGAAGCUCUGGAAAAGGGUUCACCAGGCAGGAAAACCUGAAGGAACAUAUUCGCCGUCUUCACAGGUCUGAAGACAUUCCUCUCACAAUCAGCAAUGCCACUUUACCGCCUCUCUCCCGAGCUUCUACCAGCACCAUCAUUAUUGCGGGUAUAUCAGCCCCCGCCACCGCUCCACCAACAGCCAAUGACUCUCGAGUCUUGCCCCCGAUCUCAUUACCAGUGCACCACCCACCAUCAAAACGGAAGCGGACCUCCACUGCGUCGUCAGUUUACGUAUCCGAGGAUGAGACAGCCCCCGAGGUGCGUGCCUUACGGGAUGAGGUAUCGUUCCUGCGCCGCGAACUGGAGUACAAAGGCACCCAAAUAGACGAACUAAAACGAGAAAUGAGAGAGCUACGUCGGUUAUUUCAGCAUCCAUGA